GAAGCAUUUAUCUACGGCCCGCCCCUCCCGUCCAAUAGUGCGGCGGAGGGACGAGCUACUUCCUUUCUGCGCUCCCGCUGGACCAGCGAGCAGGUACGGCCUCGACAUGCAGAACGACGCCGGCGAGUUCGUGGACCUAUACGUGCCGCGGAAAUGCUCCGCGAGCAACCGCAUCAUUGGUGCCAAGGACCACGCGUCCAUCCAGUUGAAUGUGGCUGAGGUUGACAAGGUCACAGGCCGGUUUAAUGGCCAGUAUAAAACCUAUGCUAUUUGCGGGGCCAUUCGCAGGAUGGGCGAGUCAGAUGAUUCUAUUCUCCGGUUGGCUAAAGCUGAUGGAAUUGUCUCAAAGAACUUUUGAUCAGAUGAGGUCGGGAAUAUUUGUCAUAAAUAAAAGUGAGAAAGUAUCUCUGUCUGCUU